CUACGACACCUGGACGAGCUGGACGGAAAAAAAUAGGAAGGACCACGGCGACGUCGUCGUACUAGCUGCGACGAACAAACAUGCAACAUUCGUUCGCUUCGUCGCAAGCGGCGACGGGCGAGAUUGUCACGCAGAAGCUCAUCCCCGCUGUGGAGACUUUCUUCGCGGAGCAUGUGUUUUUUCUGACCGCUGUAGCACUUUGUUGCCUACUCGCUUUCGUGUUCUUCCGAUUGUCCCAGCUGUAUCCACGCGGGUUCCGGACGUUUUUUGCAGUGUAUGUAACCUGGAUACUCGUGCGCUUUUACCUGCUGCAUGUGACAAAUGAUAACAACACUGCGCGCAAUGUUGGUGGAGAUGGAAAUACAACUGUAAAAAAAGGAUCUUCUGGAAACGAAGGAGCAGGCGAAACAAGAACUGC